CUUAAAAGCCGCGCAUGCGCGUUCUUCGGCCCUGGACCGCAAGACGAGCUGUGGCCGUUAUUGCCGUCUGUUAUGAGUGCCAAAGUGGACCGGGAGGUCCUGGCAGUAGGCAGAGAUAGUCCUGCUGACUCUGUCCCUGUUCCCACCCAUGACUCUCAUUCGUCCAAUGAGAGCCUGGCACAGAAGCCCCACCCACAGACUACUACUGCACUUAUUGUCCCAGCUGUCUCUCAUGCUGUGGAAAAGGCGAGCCUGACACACAGCACUCUGGAGACGCCCAAAGGGGCCUGCGACCCACAGAGCUCCACCCUGCUGCCCCAGGUGGGGGUCGACCCACAGAGCUCCACCCUGCUGCCCCAGGUGGGGGUCGACCCACAGAGCUCCACCCUGCUGCCCCAGGUAGGGGUCAACCCACAGAGCUCCACCCUGCUGCCCCAGGUAGGGGUCAACCCACAGAGCUCCACCCUGCUGCCCCAGGUGGGGGUCGACCCACAGAGCUCCACCCUGCUGCCCCAGGUGGGGGUCGACCCACAGAGCUCCACCCUGCUGCCCCAGGUGGGGGGCACAUGCAACAUCGUCCAUGUUCUGGAGUGGAAGGAGGGCGUGGCUCUCCUCCCAGGUAGCAACCUGAAGUUUCGAAUGAGAGACUGUGGCACCCUGGAAGUUGUCAGUGAUGAAAAGGUCACCUGUGUUGGCCCUGCUCCUGAGGACACCAUGGGGAAGCAGGACCUGGAGCAGAGGCCCAGCCAGAAAGCAGAUGUAGGUGGUGGUGUGGCUGACGCUGUGUGGGGAAUGGCGGGUGAUCGGAAGCCUGAGGGCAGCCCCGGCUGCUGUGGAGGCUCAGAGCGCAGCGCCCUGAGGCCUCACACACAGGAAGUACACACACAGCCAGGACCAGAGAGGUGUGACAGGGGAGAAAAGGGCCCACAGAGCCAGGGAGUGGUGGUGGAUCCAGAGCUGCUGAAGCCAGUGAAGAAGAGGAAAAGGAAAGACUACCUGUGCCCUUCAGAGGAGGAGUCAGAGGCAGAGGGCGGGGAGGAGAAAGCUGAGGACCUGAAGACUGAUGGCCUAGCAGAUGAGAGAGCACAGAGCAGGCCAGGGGUCACCGAGAGUAAGAAGGAGAUGUUGACAACAUGGGCUCAAUAUCUUGAGGAACAGAAGUCUAUUGCUGCGCCACAAAAACUCUUCCAAGAGUCUCAGAGGGUCCCACAGCACAGAAGCAACUUCCGGCAGGGAAUGAAACUGGAAGGAAUUGACCCCCAGCAUCCCUCCAUGUACUUUGUUCUGACUGUAGCUGAGGUCUGUGGUUGCAGGAUGCGUCUUCACUUUGAUGGGUACUCUGACUGCCAUGACUUUUGGGUAAAUGUCAACUGCCCAGAGAUCCACCCAGCCAACUGGUGCGAAAGGAGUGGCCACAAGCUCUACACGCCCAAAGGGUGUAAAGAGGAAGAAUUCUCCUGGGCAAGCUACUUAAGACUCACAAAGGCACAGGUUGCCCCAAAAGAGCUGUUUGUCAGCCCUGGCAAUGUGGAAGUGCCCUGCAGCUUUGAGGUGGGGAUGAAGCUGGAGGCUGUGGAUCGCAUGAAUCCCUCCCUCAUCUGCGUUGCCACGGUGACUGAUGUGGUGGAUGGCCGCUUCCUGGUCCACUUUGACAACUGGGACGACACUUAUGACUACUGGUGUGAUGCCAGCAGCCCCUACAUCCACCCCAUUGGCUGGUGCCAGGAGAGGGGCCUCCCCCUCACACCCCCUCAAGAUUACCCAGAUGCAGACAGGUUUAACUGGCAGAAGUACCUGGAGGAAACAGGUUCUACAGCGGUGGCUGCAGAGGCCUUUAAAGUGCGGCCGCCCCAUGGCUUUCAGGUGCAGAUGAAGCUGGAGGCGGUGGAUAGGCGCAAUCCAGCCUUGAUCCGGGUCGCUACUGUGGAGGAGGUGGACCCCCACAGGAUAAAGAUUCACUUUGAUGGCUGGAGCCAUGUGUACGAUGAAUGGGUGGACUCGGAUUAUCCAGACAUCCACCCUGCUGGCUGGUGUGAGCAGACAGGCCACCCCCUGAAAUGGCCUCCCUGUGACUCUAAUACCCAACAGCCCGCGCCACCCAACGGAGGAUGCAGGGAGAGGACGCGAGGGAGGGAUGUGAGGACGAUUGGAAUGAGCCUGCAGACGGAAAAAAUAAGCGAUUGGAAUGAGCCCACAGAAGACGCUGAAUUCUUGGAUAAAAUCCAACCCCUCUCUAUGAUGGACAGCUUCUCACCCCACCUUCGGUUUAGCUACUUCGGAGAAGGUCCCAGGGAGCCGUCCGCUUCAGGACAGCCCAGUUUCUCCUCCCUCACCUGUAAGGGAAUAACUCACCCCAGAAGCACCAAGUACAGCUUCCACCACAGGAAGUGCCCUACCCCAGGCUGUGAUGGCUCGGGUCAUGUGACCGGGCGUUUCACAGCACACCACUGCUUGUCUGGCUGCCCUCUGGCUGAGCGGAACCAAGGCCGCUUGAAAACUGAGCUGCCUGACACUGACAGCACUGGAAGCAAGAGAAACCUCCUGGUGUUUGGUCAACGAUCCAAGAAAUCUCGUUACCAUGGCAGGAUUGGACGGCCGCCUAAAUACAGGAAGGGCCAGCAGCGGGCAUACCAGAGCUUGUCUGCAGAGGCAGUGUACCCCUCGCUGUUCAUGUCUGCUCUGACAGUACACCCUGACCGUUCUCUGUCCCUGUGCUGGGAGCAACACUGCAAGCUUCUGCCCGGCGUGGCUGGAAUCCAUGCCAGCAAGGUGGCCAGCUGGACUGUGGAGGAGGUCUUUGGUUUUGUUCAGAACCUGACUGGCUGUGAAGAACAAGCUCGUCUGUUCAGAGAUGAGAUGAUUGAUGGAGAGGCUUUCUUGCUGCUGACUCAAACAGACAUUGUCAAGAUCAUGAGUAUCAAGCUGGGCCCAGCUCUGAAGAUCUACAACGCCAUUCUCAUGUUCAAGAGCACCGACGAAGGCCUCAAGUGACUUCUGGUGUCGCCCAAUCCUGGGGCGGAUAAUGUGCCAAACCCCGCCUCCCUCCUCCUCCUGCUAUUGCCCAAUCUUGGGGCAUAUAACAGGCCAGGCUCCUCCCUUUCCCUCCUCUGUGUGUGUAUAUUGUUCAGCUCCUGUCAGAGAGACCUCCUCUGUGUGUGUAUAUUGUUCAGCUCCUUUCAGAGAGAGAGUGAGAAUGGCACAGCCAUAUGUAAUAGGCCAGACUGGGCCAUGUUAAGUCACAUCUGUACUGAACCUGACCUACAAGUUGUGUCACACUUCUCUAUAAUAAAUGUGCAUUCAGCCCUGAUGCAGACAAAGGUAUGUUUUUGACACAAUGCAAUAGAAAAUCAGUGUUAAAAGUCCAUUUAGUACUUAUACUAUGAUAAUGUAGCCAGACAAUACAAAUACAACAUCCACAACAAUUUGUGCUUUACUUAUUUUCCUGUUCCAGCCUCAGACAGGGCUAUUUGGUUUAUUCCAGAAAAAACUGCUCUGUGGUUAGUUUCCUAGUAUGCAUUUAUGUACAUUUCUCAACUGAAUUAAAGGUACAAUAGGUCAUUUCAGACUUCUAACGGUCAAGAGUGGAAUUGCAGCAACAGGACUCUCUCCGAGGUGCACAGAGUAUUGUGUUGUGAUUCACAUUUCUUGGGUCACAGUGUCUUUCAAACAAAAAUAAAUGUACUGUUAAAGAUUUUGGGGUCAGAACUCCUAUAUUUUGAUGUCGGUGCAUCAUACCUCAGCAUUUAAUAUAUUAUAUUAUAGAUUCCCAACCCUGGCUCGUAACAGUCGCAGAGUCUGCUGGGGUCUCCAGCCCUGGUCUGUAGGAGUCAUGGGGUCUACUGAGGUCCCCAACCCUGAAACUGGGGUCCCUAACCCAGAAACAGAAACAGAUUGCCAUUGGAGUCUGUUAUUGGCGUUUGUCAACAUGAUGACCAGAGUUGUGUCAAUGAAAGUCGAGGAAGGCUAGACAUUAUGAGGCUGAGAAAUAAGAAUAAAAAUAAGAGCGAAACCUUAAGCCCGGUCUACAUCAAAGAGUCGACUUGAGACGAGAUGGGAGAAAACUCAGAAUAUCCCAAUUAAAAUCUCAAAAACAUUCGAGUAAAAACUAGGCAGUCCACACCAAAGCGCCAAGUAAACAAAUAAACAAAUGUUUCCAACAA